UACAUACUUUUGAAACUAAGACCUGAUAGUCAAAUGUAUGACAAAAAAAUCAAAAUCAACUCGUUUUUUAAGCAUCAGAACUAUACGAGUGUAGCAUUCAUCGCUAUUCUAAUGAACGCUAUGUUAUAAUCAAAAUAUCGAUUAGAUAGUUUCGGAAAGUGAAACAAAAGAUAGAAUUGUUUUUCUAAUAGUGAUAGUGAAAAGUUAAGCAAGCUGAUUUAAAUAACUCUCAUUUUAAAUCAUGGUAUAACGUGAACAAUCAUACAUUUUUAAAUGUUGCCAAUUUAAAACGAAAUGUCGAUGUAUGAGAAUAAUGCUCUUUUCUUCUUUUUGAUUUGUGUUGUUUCCUUAGUCAAAUCUGUGGAAAAUGCAGAAUGCUCCACUAAUUUUCUAAAUGGAACUGAAACUCAGCAAAUCGAGUUAAACAGCGGGUGUACCAUAUUUAUUUAUGAAAGUAUAACUGUUUCGGACAAGAGCAUAUCUAGAAUUGUUUUGAAAAACUCUCCUCUAAAGGAAAAUUUUAAUGGAACAUCUGCAACUGUCACCAUAGAGGAAUAUAGAGAAAAAGAGAAGAAUUAUGUACUCAUAAAUAAUUCAUGGAUUAUGAACUCGAAUGAAACAUUUAAAAGAAGUCAUUUCAGCGAAAAUUUAAAAAUGAGAAUUACGUUCUCUACUUCAGAAAUUUGGUCAAACAGUAAUGUCACACUCUGCUAUGAAGAAAUAACGUUUGAACAGUUUGUAAAUCAUUCCUCAUAUGUAGAAGGAAAUGUAAUAUCUCCGUGGGUCAAAUUUGAUGAUGAUUGGAAUUACAGGCCCAACUCGAAAUAUACUUUUUACAUUGACAAAAAUAUUAGCCAAUCCACCAGUAACAUUCGAAUCACACUCAACGAGCUGGAUGCUGAUAUAGCUAUGGGAGAAUAUUUACUGAUUGGGGCUGGUUUACAUCCCUUAGAAGGGCCGCCCUGGCUAAGCAUAACCAAGGCAGAUGAAAAAAAGAAAUAUGAAGUUUACGAUGAAAGUGCAUAUAUUGUGUUUGUUACAAAGGCAACGAGUAGAAACUUCAGGGGUUUCAACAUUUCAUGGGACUACGGAGAUACAACUAUAGAAAAACCUGAGAUUGAUGAAAAAAAAGACGUGAAGGAAUCUGCUCCAAUAUGUAUUUAUAACAUUACAGCAGCAAAUGAAGAAUUUGCGAACAACACACCAGGAGAUUAUUUCAAGGAUUUUCGUGAAAACUUCGCUAAAGUUGCAACUGAUGUCAGCGAAAACUCGGAUGAUGUAAUUAGCGCUUCUAGUGUCAGCGUUUUUCGAAUAUCUGGAGUAUUUAAGGAUGAUAAAUCCAACGAAGCUCUGUACGCAAUGGUUAAAAUAACAAAGGAUUCCACUCAAGGAGAAGCAGCUUUCAAGAGGAAAAAGCUGGAAGAAAUUAUAACUAUAUACAGUAAAAAAGUUUUAGAGAAAGAAAUAGUGGACAAAUUUGAGUUUAGAAAAUGUGAAGCUCCUUAUGUACCUGAAUCCUGGUUCUAUUUUGGCGUAAUCUUAAUAAUUCCAGUCGUCUGCUUUGCUUUGAUUCUCUGGAUAUGGAAACAAAAUCCUAUUGCGGAACAUUAUGAAAAGAAGAGAAAGUUAAAGAGAGCGUCUUUUACACGAAGAUCUCAACACGAAGAGACACUAAAUCCUAGGUUUUAUGAUGUAGACAAUUGUGAUUUUGCUGUGCAGUCUGCAACUGAAAAUCAUUACAUAACCGUGCCUAAAGUUCAGCUAACGAAUGAACAGGGACGAAGGAUGACUUUAAACCUCUCCGAUACAUUGCUGUGUGGCGAUAAUGCAUCUGACGAUGAACUCUUCAACAAGAUGUUUACACAUAAAAGACGAAGCGAUAUACUCGAAUUGCAACGUAUGCAAAGGACAAACAGAUUAUUUUUAACCAAUGAGGGAGAAGAUAAUGCGGCCUUUGAAAUGGAUCAAGAAAGGAAUGCUGAAACGGAACGAAGGCAACAUGACGAUAGGACAGAUCAUACCUACGAAUCACUCAGAUCAUCAGCAAGCUUAUAUGAGAACACUAGAUUAUAAAAAUGGUCAAACGCAAAUAUAUAUAUGUAUAUAAAAGAAUGCCAUGGUGCUUUUAAGAAAUUUAGUUCCCUUCAAUUAUGAAUAAAACUUAGUUAAAUCAAGUCCAUAAAAACUGUUUUAAAGACAUUUGUUAGUUAUGUUAUACAUUGUGCUUUGUGAUUGUUUUAAUAUUUUUAUUUAAUAAAGCUAUUUUUCAAUAUGAA